CUGCAGCUGCGUUUAACACAUAAUUUCGUGCAAGGUUGCGAAUUUUUAUUUUAAGUAUUUGUUUUUGUGAUAGUGUUGCAGUGCCAGCGCCAUGUUAACGUUAUUGUUGUGCAUGUAAUAAACCGAAUCUUGAAGAAAACGCCCAGCAGCUGCAGCAGUAGUCAAAAAGUAAAUCAAAUAAAACAAAAUCCGGAUUUAAACAAACUGCAAACUGCAUUUGGACGGCGUUUUCGGCAUUCACAAUGACACCAUUUGAUGAUUUCGUCUACUUAAUAAAUCACGUGCUGCUUGGCGAAGAGCCGACCAUCGAGGAUUUCAUAUUGCUUGUGGGUACACUGGUGGCCUUCAUAGCGUUCAUACUCUGGUGUUGUUUUCCCAUACAGCCAAAGGAACCGGGCCAGCAUCGUCAAUUUACGUGUAAAAUCAUACAGAAUCACAUCAAGGCAUUCGAUGCGGCCACCAGUAAUGACAAUGGCACUGCUACUGCGACUGCGACUGCAACAGCAAGCAGCAGUAACGGGAUUAAUGGCAGCGCCAGCUUCUUAAAUGGCGCCGGCAACGCAAGCACACAAUACAAUGGCGGCGGCGGCAGUUACAGCAAAAACGGCACCGUUGCCAUGCACAACUAUUACGUUAAGAACGGACACCACUGUUGCACCUAAUUGAGCGUGUGGCCCAAUGAAAUAUGGAACUUAACCAGGCCCAAGGCACUGGCAACAAAGCUUCGACCAAGUCAAAAACAAAAUUUUCAAAUUUGUUAGCCAAUUCUGAUUUCAAAUGAUUCAACUUGCGUUUGUUCCUUUCUCCUACUCUCUCUCCUUUCCUCAGUGUUCUAUAAAUGUGUGUAGAAAUUGUGCCAAUUGGUUGUUCAAAACGCAGCUAAAAGCUAUAAAAAGCGUACUGAACGUUGCCCCCCAUUCCCCCCG